AAGAGCAAGCAAGCAAAGCCAGUUUUGCAGUGCAAGAGAUGCAUGUACUGCUACCAUCCAUCCUGUUUAGGACCAACGUAUCCCAAACCUGUCAAAAUGAACACCUCAUGGAUUUGUAUGCUGUGUAUUAGGUGUAAGAGCUGUGGUGUGACACCUGGGAAGUCCUCGGACACGCCCUGGAACCAUGAGCUGAACUCUGCCCUGACUGUAGCAAACUCCAUAGCAAAGGGAACUUCUGCACUGUGUGUCUGAAGUGCUACGAGGAACAUGAGUUUGACAGCAGCAUGAUGCAGUGUGCCCGAUGUGCCCACUGGGUCCAUCCCAAAUGUGAGGGGCUCACAGAUGAUCUGUAUGAGAUCCUGUGUCGACUGCGGGGGAAGAGUCUGGUGUUCUCCUGUGCUCCCUGCAGUAAGAGGUUCCGCAGCGGUUGGCAGGACGUUGUUCAGGAAGUUUUGAGGAGCGGUCUGGAGAAAAUCAUGAAUGGAUUGAAGAGUUCUCCAACCAUCAGCCACCUCCUCAUGUGUGCACAGUGUGAGGUGUGUCCAGAUUUUGAGGUUGUAAAGGAGCGGUCAGGCUGUUGUCUGCAUCCUGUAGAGCAGAAGCUGGAGAAUGGCCUGUACACUUCACUGAAAGCAUUUCACGAGGAUGUGGUGGCAGUAAUGGUGGAACGGCUGAGAAAAGAAUAUCUUCUAGAGGAGCAAAGGCCCACUGGUCAAGCCAAAUUGUCUUAUAUAAAGCUAGUAGAACAAGUAUUUAGCUGGUUUAACAGUCAGGACCCCAAAACAUGGAACUGUCAUAUGCAAGAAUAUCCAAGCGAUAUGCUCCCUGAUGCCAUAAUUCCCCCCAGCGAUGAACACAGUUAUGCACAAUGGCUCAAAGAGCAGGAUCCAGAAAACCCUCAAUCAGAAUCUCAAGAUCUGCAGAAUGUGAACUCUCAGUUCUUCAUGGAUGAAAGACAGUGCUCCCUCUGCCAGCAACAUGGAGAUGCCAAACCGAAUGAUGCUGGUAGGCUGCUGUAUAUUGGACAGAAUGAAUGGGCUCAUGUGAACUGCUGCAUGUGGUCGGCAGAGGUGAAGGAUGUCAAAGGAGCUUUGCUGCAUGUCCACAGUGCUGUCACCAGGGGCCGCCUCAUGCGCUGUGAGCGUUGUGGCCAGACAGGGGCGACUGUGGGCUGUUGUCUUACCUCGUGUCAGAGUAACUACCACUUCAUGUGUGCUCGUGCCAGCAACUGUGUCUUCCAGUGUGAUAAGAAAGUGUACUGUUACAAACAUCGUGACCUCAUAAACAAUAAGAUUGAACAAGGCAAUGGGUUUGAAGUUCUCAGAAGGGUCUACGUAGAUUUUGAUGGAAUUAGUCUGCGUAGGAAGUUUUUAACAGGCUUGGAGCCAGAGUCUGUAAAUGUAAUGAUUGGGUCUCUACAUGUACAAAAACUUGGUGUUCUGACGGAGCUGUCUGCAAAUUCUGGAAAAUUGUAUCCAGUUGGUUACCAGUGAGUAAUAUGAAGUUUAACCCUUGUGUGGUGUUCAUAUUUUUGUUACUCAGACAGUGUUCGUGGGUCUGGUGGACCUGCUGCAGUUUUGGGUUUUUAAUUCAACACAAUCAAAAAUGAUAUAUAAAAAUACUCAACAGAUGUUUACUUUAUCCCAAUUACAAGCAAUAUAAACAGCACCUAUGGUCAAAAUUUGCCCUUUACCUUUGUUGGAUCACAUUUAUGAGUUAAAGUGCUACAGCCUUGUGC